AUGCUUAGCAUAAAAUGGGAGCCAAAGGUUCUUAGCUUUUCCUUCUCUUCCAAGGAAAGCAAUAAAAAUGCCCUCGCCCGCUUUCGUGAUCGCUUGGAAGGCUUGGAUAUCAAGACCAUCGAGGAAUACCUCGUCAAUGUGACAACCCAUGUCGUCCAGACUAAGCGAAAUACCGCGAAGGGACUACAAGCGCUGGUGAAUGGCACAUACAUGGUGGACUACUCUUUCAUCGAUGCCCUAGAUUACGCGUCCACCCCGAGUGAUCUGGAGAAUAUGGAAAGUCUGUCUCCAUUGGAGGCCGAUUUUGACGCUGCGUGGCCCAACGCGAAAGAGUUCCUUCCGCCUCCUGGGAAAGAAGUCUUCGACGGCUCAGAUGAGGCAUUCGCACCCAACCCGAAUCGAGCCAAUGUCUUUGAAGGGUAUACCUUUGUUUUCUGCGACAAGUCCCAGCAUCAGCUCCUUACGGACCCAAUCACUAAUGGACACGGGAAAGCGCUAUGUCUUGAUGUGAAAGAGGGUGUGACUACCCCGGAGGAGGUCGUACAAUUUAUGAAAAACGCCGCCGGCGAGAGAGGCAUUGGAUCUGAAAGAAAUUAUGAUGGUGGAGUAGUGCUUGUACGAUUCAAAUCAAAAACAGGAAAUCAAGACUGGCCGGUCCAGCUGUGUAAUGAGGUUGCACUCAUGACUGACCAACGGGUUAUUCAGCAGAAUGAGUUUCUCAAUGCAAUCUUGAACAAUGAUGCCUCCAUUUUAUGCCGGCCCCUCCGUCAUGAAAUAGUGCAAGAGCCAUCGCCUGAGCUUGCAUCCAUCCAACCCCCUUCGAAUGUACAAGUUGUUGGCGAGUCCCAACAGCCUGAAGAGGCUAGUCAACCGCCGAAGAAAGUCAAGAGUUCUCGUGUGCACAAGUAUGUCACCAAAACGAAAGUCUUCGACGACGGGUUCGACAUCAAUUCCAUACCGGUCUACACCCCAGAGGUGGAUGAACCUACAGAGGAUCUGCAGCCGAUGUCGAUAGAUGCUGCUUCAGGCGAACCAUCUCAGCAACCUGACAGCUUCCAGGAGGAAGAAGACCUCGUCUCGAGUUUGCUACCCGGAGCUACUGCAAUGAAACGCCGGCGGGGUGAAACCUCCCAGCGAAAUCUGGAAGAGUCCAGCUCCCAUGCUAAACGGGAGGAAGGCCCUCGGCCUAAGCGUCAAAAGCUCGAUGUCUUAGAGGCAGCGCGGCAGCACCGAGAGGCAGAAGAGGAUGCUGCUCGUCAGCGACUGCAACAGGAGGAAGAAUCACUUCAAAACUCUCUCCAAGAUGUGGACGUGGAGAAACUAAGAGGACUUGCCAUCGUGGAAGAGUUGGAAAUCCCAGCCAAGCCGGCAGACCAUGACAACGAUCGAUGGGAUGAGCGGUGGAAUGGACGAAAAAACUUUAAGAAGUUCAUCCGAAAGGGCGAGCGCCGCCGCGAUCCACAGCGCCAUCGGAUUCCUCUACAGACCGUCAUCGUUCCCUUGGAGGAAGUGCCACGGGAGGACUUUGGUUCUGGGGAUAACUACUGGGCGAACACCAGUCGCUCCUCAAACCGGAGCCCACAAGAAAGCCAGCGAGACCGCGAGGUCAGUCAGGCGCCAGACAGCGAGCCAUGGCAGCCACAAACAGUCGCACAAAGUGAGUUUGAGAAGUCGACAACGACGACAACAACGACGACGCGGAAAAGUCAGAAACGUGCUCGUGAGGAGCAAGAUUCAGAUAGUAGUGAUGACGAGCUCAAGUUCCGGUUUCGUCGCAGGCGAUGA